CGCCCGUUUUCACCCCUAAGGAGAACCGAGUUUGGGAGGGAGCGGAUGGCAAUGGCUCUGCUUCCGCUAUUGCUCUCGGUCCUCAUCGUCUCCUGCGUCGCGCAGUCGCCGGCCUCGUCGCCGUCCGCGUCGAAUGCUCCUCCGGUCAGCGCCUCGGCUCCGCGGGGCUCUGUCGCGCCACCGACAACGGCGGUCUCGGCGCCGCAGGGCUCUGUCGCAGCACCGACGACAGCUGCGGCCUCGGCGCCGAAGGCCUCUGUCGCGGCACCGACAACGGCAGCCUCGGCGCCGCAGGCCUCUGCAGCGCCACCGACGACAACGGCGGCCUCGGCGCCAACGGUCUCUGUCGCUGCGCCGCAGGCCUCUGCACAGCCGCCAGCACCAGUUUUCGCGUCGGCGCCCCAGGCGUCGGCCGCGGCACCAACGAAAGCAGCCGCCGCCCCUCAGGUCUCAGCCGCGGCGCCGGCAACAGCAGCCUUGCCGCCAACUACAUCAGCCUCCGCGCCCCAGGCCUCGGCCGCGGCACCAACAAAAGCAGCCUUGCCGCCACAGGCCUUUGCUGCGGCGCCAACUACAUCAGCCGCGGCGCCGCAGGCCUCUGCCACCGCACCUCCUACCGGCGCCGCCGCGCCACCGACCGCAGCUGCUUCUCCGCAGCUGGCUGCCACGUUGCCUCCGGUUUCCUCCCCGCCACUGGCCGCUACGCCACCUGUCUCUGCUACCCCUCCAGCCACGCUACCUCCCGUCGCAUCGCCUACCGUCGCCGUCGCUGCGCCAGCCCCGGCGACUCCGGCUCCAGUCGCCUCCCCGCCCGUAGCAAUGCCACCGGCGGCGCUUGCCCCGGCCACGCUCCCUCCAGUGAUGGCUCCGACACCACUUCUCGCUGCCCCCGUCAUGCCUCCCAUCGCGCCACCUGUCACGGCUCCCGCACCGGCUCCCGUUUCUCCGGCUCCAAGUCCAAGCGUCGCCCCGACCCCGUCUCCGACAGAAGCUCCCACCCCGUCGCCCACAGAGGCCCCGACCCCGUCUCCCACGCAGGCGCCUACACUCGCGCCGUUGAGCUCGGUGUCGGUGAGCCCGUCGCUGGCGCCGGGGCCCGCGCUCGCUCAGGAGGACGAGUCGGCGGCGCCGAGCUCGCGCACUGGCGUCGUCGCGGCCCUGGUGGCCGCCGGGCUCGUCGUCGGCUUGUUUUAAGAAGUAGAGCUGCGGCGUUUAUUACCGCUAUACGUCCGUACCGUUCCUCGCACGGGUCUCUUGUUCUCCUGUUGGUGUUCUCAUGGAUUGAUGCACGCACGAACCAUUCUUGCUGUACAACACAUUGAUAAUUUAUUUUCCAUUUAUUAUGUAUGGAUGACGGACUGCCUGCUGCUUUCUUUUGAUUA